AUGUUGGAGGCGUCGCUGGGCGGGAACGUCUCUCACAGCACCUUCGUGUUCCGAGGUUUCCCUGAGCUGCAGCGGCAGCGCCGCCUGCUGGCGCUGCCGCUCUUCGCCUCCUACGUGUCGGUGCUGCUGGGAAACUCGCUGCUGGUCCACGUCGUCCGCAGCGUGGAGAGUCUGCACGGCCCCAUGUACCUACUCAUCUGCUCGCUCUGCGUGGUCGACGUCCUCGUGGCGACCGCAAUCAUCCCCAACACGCUGCUCAGCCUCCUGUUGGACUGGGACCAGAUCUCAUUGGCCGGCUGCUUGACUCAGAUGUUCUUCACUCACUUCCUGUCCUCAGUGGAGUCAACGUUGCUGUUGGCGAUGGCGCUGGACCGCUACGUGGCCAUCUGUCAGCCGCUCCGCUACGCUGACAUCAUCGACUCCUCCAUGUUUGUGCGGCUGCUGUUCUUCACGCUGCUGCGCAGCGGCUCCAUCAUGGCGUUGCUGGUCGCUUUGGCAGGUUCACUGUGGUUCUGCGACUCCAACGUGAUCGAGCACUGCUACUGCGACCACAUGGCGCUGGUCAGUCUGGCGUGCGACAGCACCGAGAAGAAUGACGCAGUGGGCGUCGCUGUGAUCGUCUGCUUUGUGGGUGUGGACAUAUCGCUCAUCUUCCUCUCCUAUGUGAAGAUCCUGGGCGUGGUCCUGCGAGCGGCGGCGGACGGCGAGGACCGGUGGAAGGCGUUUCACACCUGCGGCACUCACCUGAUAGUCAUGAUGUGUUUCUACCUGGUGGGCAGCGUCACCUUCCUCUCUCACAACCUCCACAUCCACAUCCCGACGGACGCCAACACCUUCAUGGGACUUGUGUACAUUCUGUUCCCAGCGACCGUCAACCCUGUCAUCUACGGAGUUCGGACUAAAGAAAUACGAAACGGCUUCUUUAAGAUAUUUAAACUCAGAGUGAAGAAAUUAACGACAAUCAAAGUUUCUCCUGCCGGAAAAAGACAAACGUGA